GGUUCUCCCCGCUUUGAUGUUGAUGUUAACUUGAGCGUUUUUCGCCAUUGCGCCAUGUGCUUGCUUUUUCCUCUCGUCAUUUUUCGAAAACAAACCCAACAAUGAAGGUAUCGGCAGAAGAUCUGUCCUAUGAAACCAUGACAGUUGAGGCAUGUGGCAAGGUCAUGAGUACUGAGACCAAACGAGAGCUGCGCGAGCGCAAUGGCUACUGUCUCUCCUGCAAGGGGCCUCCAACUCUCUGCUUUAUUGUGACAAAAUCACGCAUCAAUCCACUAUGGACUAACAAGGAACCUCGGACUGAGGAAGGGGGGUGCUUUGAAGGCCACUGCUUGAAAUGCAAACCAGAAAAGGGUCCUCGAUGGCAUCAGCAAUCGGGUCGCAUGCUUCUCAACAGCAGCUCCCAUCACGCAAGCCGCAGAGACAUUCAAAGAGGACUUUCCAGUGGUUCUCUGGCGCUGUCGCAAAGUCGACGAGACCUGUUUCGUGCCUCUCAGAACCGCUGUGGUGGAAGAGACGUCACGCGCCAAGCUUCUAACAGCUCUUUGACCACGGCUAGUACUCAUAGCGGAUCUUCUCGGUGUACAUAUGGCAGUACAUUUCCUUCGUCUCGUUCUUUAUUGUCGCCUACAAACAGCGGCAGCAGCCGCAGCAGAGCACCCGUCGAUCUUGUUCGGGCCAGUAACAGCAACAAUUUCUCCAGCUACCACCAUCACGAUGACACUUUUGGUUUGGAUGACUCGGUGCAUAAUGGGGAGAAUGUUCCGCCGGUGGCGCCUUCUCCAGCUGGAGUUUUCGGAACACGCCACCGCGGAACACAGGGACACUUCACCAGACCGCCAAGUCAAAUUUCUCUCUCCUCCACCGAACACUCUUCCUCCUCCUAUUUAGAACCAUCGACGUGCAAUGAACGAGGCAUCAACGGAUCAACUACCUGUAACAGUAGCACCGUCUUGCAACGUUCUUCCAGUUCAGGAUCUACUCCUAACCAUGGCAGCGCCGCAGCACCUGCGCCAGCACCCCCCCCACUCACAGAAAGCUUGAGCCCCAAGACUAUCAGGAGAGUGGCCAAUCUGACAGCCUUUCGAUCCAAUCCGGGGCUUGCGCCAACCAUCACGUCCAGCGACAUCAACAACAGCCACAACAGCCACAACAACCACUACUCGCAGCCGCAACCGGAAAACGAGGACAGAACUGUGGACGAAACGGAAGAGAAUCUCAAAACUCUCCUUGAAGAACUCGCCCAUGCCAAAGACUUUGAAUUCCUAGUGGAAGUUUUGGUGAACGCUCUGCAGUCCUCCUCCGACAAAGAGAACAUCAAGGUUAUCUGCCUUCAAACCAUUUGCAAAAUCUGCAAAACAGACAGUGGCAACAAGGAACGGCUGGUGCGAGUCAAUGCACACGAGGAAUGCGUCAUUGCAUUGAAGAAUUUUGGCAACUGCAGUCAAGUGCAACAAAUCGCGGCAGCUGCUAUUGCCUGUUUGGCCAGUGUCAACCAAGAGACGCGGACUACAAUGGUCUUGCAAGGAGUGUGCCAGAUGUUGGUAGGGCUCUUGCAACAGUUUUUGGAGGAGGAGUCCGUGGUGGCAGCUGGUCUUUCUGCUUUACGAGGCCUCUCGACAGAGGCGUCCACAAGGGAGUCCUUUCGCUUGGUCGUGGCCUCCAAGUAUGUCUGCGAGACAAUGGAAAAGUAUCUAGACAACGUGCCGGUCCAGCGAGAUGGAAUCGCCUUUCUGUCCAAUACAUCCAUCGACAUGGAAGGCCAAAAGGUAUCCAUCGUUUCCCGAGGUGUUUUGAAGGCCAUCUUUGAGGCCUUAAGCCUGCACAAAACGGACGGAGCACUUGUCCGAGUCGGAACGUUCGCUUUGCGCAACUUGACGUAUGAGCGACAAAACCUCCGAACGCUGCGUGGCAUUCAUGGUAUCUUUGAGCUGUUUGUGGAAUGCGAGGACAGCAGGAUUCUAGAGUAUCCGGACUCGUACGAGGUGCUGGAACAGUUGCACAUGUCUCAAGCACAGGACGAGUCUCUGGAGUACGAAGCCCUGGAGUCCCUUCAUGUCCUUGUUGCCAUCAAGGGAGACAGACCAGCAGCGAUUUUGGAGAUUGGAAACCUCCUCAGGAACCAUGAGUGGUCCGCCAAGGUGACAUCUGAGUGUCUUUAUACAUUGGCCCUGCUGGGAGCCGAGUCAAGAGAAAAUCGAACAGCCAUCAAGACACUCGGACUGAAGGUGGUGGUAGACCUGAUGAAACAACACUUUAUGGAUGAUGCGUUCAUGGCAAAUGCUUCUUCACUGUUGGAGGUUAUGGCCCAGGAUGACGCACAUGUCCGACAAGAGCUUCUGAGUGAUGGCGCGUGUAGUCUAAUUUUGGAGUACUUGGAGAAAUCCUUGGGAAAUGAAACAGCGUCGCCGGGAAAGGCUUUGUCAGCUUUGAUGGUCAUUCUCGCGACGGCGACAAGUUGGGAUGAUCAGCAGAAGGGGCUAGCAAUAGUGAUGCAAACUAUGCACCAGCACGAGCAGUGUGAGGUUGUUCAGCUUUGUGGUCAAGCAAUCCUAGCCAAGUUUGGAUAGGAAAGUCUUGCUGCUGUGAAGGUGCUUUCAUUUGAUUUUGAUUUUAUGGAGUAUACGUCAUAAACUUGUAACAGAGUACAUGUAUCUUAUGGGGUAU